CUUCCUCUUCUUCUUCUUGUUCUGGUUUCUUGUGAUGACAGAUAACCCUUUUCAGCUCCCUCCUGGUUUUCGAUUUUUCCCAACAGAUGAAGAGCUCGUUGUCCAUUUCCUUCAACGCAAGGCAGCUCUCUUACCCCUCCACCCCGAUGUCAUUCCUGAUCUCGAUCUCUAUCCAUACGAUCCAUGGGAACUAAAUGGUAAGGCUCUGUGUGAGGGUAAGCAGUGGUACUUCUAUAGCAGGAGGAUGCAAAAUCGGGUUACGAGUAAUGGAUAUUGGAAGCCAUUAGGCACCGAGGAACCUGUCAUAUCUUUUACUUCUAACAACAAAGUUGGAAUCAAAAGAUACUUCGGGUUCUACGUGGGAGAAGCUCCUUCGGGGAUCCAAACAAACUGGACAAUGCAUGAGUAUCGUCUCUCUGCAGAUUCGGAUACUUAUGCCUCUUCUUCCACCACUAGAUCAUUGAAGAGAAGAGGUCACCGGAAUUCGAAAGCAGUUAAUGAAUAUAGCGGAUACGUGUUGUGUCGAGUUUAUGAGCGCGACGAAGAUGAGGACGAUGAUGGGACAGAGCUUUCAUGUUUGGACGAGGUGUACUUAUCUUUGGAUGAUCUUGAUGAAAUAAGUUUGCCAAACUAAGAUAGGAAACGUACGCAAGAUCGAGAGAGGUGAGAAGGGAAAGGAGAAGAUGAUUUGAUAGACCUAACUAUGUGCGCGUGCCUCAUUUUACAUUAUGAAACUUUAUCCAAUUGUAUUAUUAUUUCACUACUACUACUGCAACUAGCUAGGCUAAGCUAGUAAAAAUCUUGUAAAUAAAUUCCAUUACAUGCACUUCGAGUGGCAACUAACUAUGGUCUUCAUUUGCAAGUUGGCAGAAUCAGAAAAUGACACUGUGUCGGAGAAUUCUGAUUCACUAUCAACGAUUAUUAUAGUGUCGUUACCC